UUAUACAUAUUAAUUUAUAUUUAUUAUUUUAUGACAGUACGUCAUAAUAAUGAUUGAUAAAUUUUAUAGCAAAAUAAUAAAAAAUUUACGUAAUCAUAAGAGAAAAAUAUAUUUUCUAACAAAACAUAUUUUAUUUUGCAAUUCAUGCCAAGUAAAUAUGUAUAUAUUUUAAAUGUAAUCGUGUUAAUAAUAAAUUACAAAUAAUAAUAAUAAUAGAACAAGGUGGAAAAUAAUAUGAAAGUGUCAAUAAAACGAGGGAUGAAUUUUAAAAAUAAAAAAAAAAAAUAUAAUUGAUAAUUCGAAGAUUGUGUUCCAUUAACACAAAUGUUUUAUGAUAAAAUAAUAAUAAAUUUAAAUCACGUUUAUUAUUUAGUCACGUUUAAAUCACGUUUUAUUCUGAUUCAUUAAAAGACGACUUUAUUAUUCAGUUAUCAUCAUUUUUAUUAUUGGUGUUUAUUAUUUUUGUGUUAUUAUCGCAUGUUUUGAUAUGGAAGGUCGGUUAGUUGACCCAAGAAGUGAAGAAACAUCGAUAAGUAAAGAUUAUCCGAUAUUAAAAUCAUUUCUCGCUGGAUCAUUUUCUGGAACUUUUUCAACAAUUUUAUUUCAACCACUGGAUCUUAUAAAAACACGUCUACAAAAUACUGUCAGCAAUCAUGUCAGCUCUCCAAAACACGCAAUGAUAACAACAGUAGUUCACAUUAUUAAGAAAGAAAAUAUUUUUGGAUUAUGGAAGGGAAUGACUCCGUCAAUUACUCGAGUAAUACCUGGUGUAGGUUUAUAUUUUUCUACUCUCCAUUGGUUAAAAAAUACAAUAUGUUUAGAAGAACCGCUUACGCCUUUACAAGCAGUGUCAUUGGGAAUAGCAGCACGUACACUAUCUGGAAGUUUAUUGAUACCAAUAACCGUAAUUAAAACAAGAUAUGAAAGUGGUGUUUACAAAUACCAAAGUAUGGGAGAAGCAUUAAGACUUAUUUAUAAAUAUGAAGGUAUUAAAGGGCUUUCCAGUGGUUUAGCGCCAACUUUAUUACGUGAUGCUCCGUACAGUGGUCUCUAUCUUAUGUUUUAUACCCAAUUAAAAGAAGUAUCUGACAAAAAAUUAAGUGGCAGUGUGACCACUCACUUUGCCUGUGGAAUAGUGUCUGGAAUUUUAGCUUCAGUUAUAACACAACCAGUCGAUGUAAUUAAAACUAAAAUGCAAUUAUACCCAGAUAAAUUUAAUAAUAUAAAGAGUGUAUUUAUUUUCGUACAUCAAAAAUAUGGAUACAGAGGUUUUUUCAAAGGAAUUGUUCCUCGAAUGUUGAGGCGAACUUUAAUGACAGCUAUGGCAUGGACUGUUUACGAACAGAUAACAAAAAAUUUGGGUUUAAAAUGAAGAGUUUCAAUUCGAUGGAGUAAAUAUUUCCCAGUAUUAAAUGAUAAAGACUGCAAAAAGAUCAGCAUAAAUAAAUA